AUGUCUCGAAUGUGGGGAAUUCAUCUUGGCCAUAACAACUCCAGUCCAGUUUUUGUCCAACAAUUGCCCGGAAACAUUGGAGAAAUCGAGGAGAACACAGCCUUACAUCUGGAAUGUAAGGUAGAGCCAUUUGGAGAUGACACAUUAAGCAUUCAGUGGUUUCAUAAUGGUCUGCCGUUGAAGCAAGGUAAAUUAUUUAUUUUUUCAAAUUUAAAAAAUUUAAAAAAUUUUUUAAAAAUAGAUGGAGUAAAGCUAUAUAGAAAUGGCCUUCGGGUCGAGCUGGCUUAAUUUUUGGGUCCAGCCCGCGCAGGUUUGACGUUUUAUGUGGCUCGACUUGGCUUGGCUCGUUUAAAGAACGGCCCCGCCCGGAAGCCUGGUUUAGACAAAGCGCUUUCCAAAGAUAUUUUAUGUCCUGCAGGCUGCAAAUGAAAAGUUAUACGCUGAAAUGUGGUUUUUGAUUCGUAAAGAAAGUUUUUGCCAGUUUUCGAUUUGUAAAGUAAAUUCUUGCUAUUUUACUUGUUUUAAAGAAAGUACCUGCCAUUUUUUAUAUUGUAAAGAAAGUUCUUGGCAUUUUUUCUUAUGUAAAAAAAGUUCUUGCCACUUUUUGAUUUGUAAAGAAAGUUCUUGUCAUAAAAAACUGUCUUUCACGGCUUUUCAGACUGCGAGUGACAAGUUAUACAAUGAAAAGUUAUUUGUUUUUAUCAUUUUUUGUGUUGUCAUAGGCUCUUUUUUAAAAAGACUUUUUUGUUUUAAAAAUGACGCUUUUUUCAGGUCAUCGUUUUCGAACUUUCGCCGAUUUCGGCUUGGUGUCAUUGGACAUUCUGAAUGUUUAUGCUGAAGACAGUGGGAACAUCACCUGUGUGGCCGAAAAUGCUCAUGGCAGAGCCCAGACCUCAGCUGAAUUCUACUGUUAUCGUAAGUUUUUUUACCCUACCCUACCCCAUCCUACCCUACCCUACCCUACCCUAUCCUACCCUACCCUACCUUACCCUACCCUACCCUACCCUAAAUUUUGAAAUUUAAGCAAAAUCCUCAAUUCUGGACCAGACCAAGCUCCCCGCCAGUGUAGCCAGAAUUCAGCAACUAGAAGCACCAAAAGGACCAUUUAUAGAAGAAGAACCUGAAAUUGUCUAUAAACCCGCCCACUUCAUUACUCCUUUAUCAGGGUCAAUUAAGGCUGCUGAGGGUGAAAGUGUCAGUUUCACAGCUAAGGCUGGUCCUGUGGAGGAUAAUACUCUUACUGUAAGUUUUUUGGGCUUUGGCUUUGGGCUGGGAAUCUGGUCUGGGGCUCUGGGCUAUGACUCUGGAUUAAGGCUAGGGCUAUAGCUGGUAAAAUACGAAUUAAGGUUCUUGACCUUGUUUUACGAAUUGAAAAAGACUUUUCAUCAUAUAACAUGUAACGCGCAGCCUGCGAAACCUUAAAAGAGAUUGUUUUAAUAAAAAUGACAAAAACUUUUUUUACAAAACCUAAAAUAGCAAGAAUUUUCUUUCCUAUACAAAAAAUGACAUGAACUUUCAUUACAAACUAAAAAAUUGCAAAAACUUUCUUUCCAAUACAAAAAAUGACAAGAACUUUCUUUACAAAACAAAAAAUGACAAAAACUUUCUUUCCAGCACGAAUGGUACUUCAACAACCACCCCCUAAUGCAUGCCAAUCGUUUUGUCACCUCUCAAGAGUUUGGUGUUAUCACUAUGAACAUCCUCUACCUCUUCCCAGAAGAUUCUGGUACCUACACACUAAUGGUACGAAAUAAUACUGGUCAAGCGCAUAGUACUGUAGACAUUACUGUAGCGUCGAACAGUAGCAUGAUUACUGAAACCUUUCAUCCCAAGUCUGUGAAUCGGAUUCUGGAGAUUGAAGCCCCAAAACCGGAGGUACCAGAGGUACCAGACGCGGAAAAAGUGGUACCAAAGAUAACGAAAGUAUUGGAAAGUGUACCAAAGUGCAAAGAAGGUACUGAAGUGUAUGUAGAAGCAAGAUAUACUCCUACUGAUGAUAAUCAGGUGAUAGCUGAAUGGUACUUUAAUGGUACACCUAUAAAGCACUCAAACAGACAUGUUAUGGUACACAAUCCAGGCCACGUAUCAUUGGUCAUAAGGUACACUUUUGUUGAGGAUUCUGGAGAAUACACAUUGAUGAUCAAGAAUUCAAAAGGUCAAGCACAAACCUCAACCAAGCUGGAGGUGGAAGGUGGAGUAGGUAUCUUGGGUGAGACGAUGCAUCCAAAGAGUUUGGGAAGGAUUCAAGAGAUCGAAAUGCCCAAGCCAUUGCCUGAAGAAGCGAAAGAGAAACCAGUAGAACCGCCAAAGUUCACUAGAGGACUACAGAUGGUACUGCUGAAUGAGGUAGGUCAAUAUUGAAGAGUAAUCGUACAGUAUACAAGAGUAAGGUAAGGUAGGGAAAAGUAUUAUGAAGUAAGCUGGAAUAGAAUGCAGGCCAGAAUAGAUUAGUAAAGAAUAGGGUAGAGCUAUAUAAAAUAGUAGGGUUAUUCUGAGACGAGCUAGAAAAAGGUAAGCUUUAGUAGGCUAGGCUAGCUGUAUAUAGGUGAUAUACGAAGAACGGUCCGGUCCUACCCAAGUUGUGCUCUGGCCUGGUCCGGUUAAAAUUUUUUUUCCUUGCAGACAGGCCGAGCUUUUUGGGCCGCGCGUUGAGUUUUUGAUUCGACCCGGUCCCGGUGUCUACCUGCCGCUCCGGACUAGGGCUCUGGGCUGUGGGGUCUGGGCUCUGGGCUCUGGGCUCUAGGCUUUGGGCUCUGGGCUAGGGCUCUGGGCUGGGGCUCUGGGCUAGGGCUCUGGGUUAGAGCUAGGGUUAGAGCUAGGGUUAGGGCUAGGGCUAAUUUAAUUAUAUUAUAGCUUUACAUUAUUUUAGUUCUCAGCUCCAAACAAGCUACAAGAAGGAGACGCAGUCAAAAUUGACUGUACUGUAUCUCCAGUGACCGACAAUCAACUUCGUAUCGAAUGGCUCUUCAAUAACUACCCUUUACUGCACAGUAAUCGUAUGAAGAUGACAAAUGAUCUUGGCUAUGUUUCACUCGAAUUUCCACACAUCUGCGCCCGAGACUCGGGCGAAUACACAUGUAGAGCCGUUAGUCCACAUGGUACCGCUGAAGCACGAAUUCAACUUGAUGUAGCCGCUACACCGUCAAUGUUUUUGAAUCCUCAACAUGAAAAGUCGUGGCGUCAGAUCGAAGCCAUGGAGAAUACAGUAGUCGAACGGCCGCCUACACCAGUGUUACAGUAUCAAGCACCAUCGUUUACAGUAGGAUUGGCUAAUAUCAAGGUUACUGAAGGUGAUACAGUAGUUUUACAAUGUAAAAUUCAACCGGUAAACGAUCCAUCGCUAAGAAUAUCCUGGAAGUUCAACGCCAAGAACUUAUUUGAAGCCAGCAGGCACAGGCACAAGUACAACGUAAACGAUGUGAUCCUGGAGAUUCAGAAGGCUGUAGCCGAGGAUUCUGGAACAUAUGAAUGUAAUGCCAUAAGCAGUAACGGAGAAACAUCUACGCAAUGUGAUGUUAUUGUCGAGGCUACUGAUAGCUUGUUGUUACAGUAAGUUUUUAGUCAGUUUGUAUUGGAAAGAAAGUGUUUGCCAUUUUUUGUUUUGUAAAGAAAGUUCGUGCCUUUAGAUUUAAAAAGUAACUAUUUUGUGUCUGUGCAGGCUGCGAGUGACAAAUUAUACGACAAAUCUGACGUUUUUAUCUUUUCACCGUUUUGUAAAGAAUUUUCUUGCCGUUUUUUUGUCUUGUAAACAAAGUUCUUACAUUUUAAAAAUUUUUUAUAUAAUUUUUACAAAAGCGGCAAAGACUUUCUUUACAAACUUUAAAAUUGUAUCAGAGGCUUUACAAAACAAAAACUGUUUUUUUAUCGUAUAACUUAUCUUCCGCAGCUUGCACUGGCUUAAAAUAGCUUUUUUCUGUAUAAAAUGGCAAAAACUUUCUUUACAAAACAGAAAAUGGCAAGAACUUUCUUUACAAAUUAAAAAAAUGAAAAAUAUUUGGAACUAUGAUAUGUAUGUUACAGUACUCAAAACGAACGCACCUGGUCAAAGAUCCAAGAACUAGAAGCACCACAAGACCUACCCGAAGCACCAGAAGUACCAUUUUCAGCACCAAAGUUUACAAAAUCUCUAGAAUCUGUCAAAACUUUAGAAAACGAAUCAAUCUUGCUACAGACUAGAAUACAACCCCAUGACGACCCAAGUCUUACUGUAACAUGGCUCAAAGAUGGUGCACCAGUCUCCGGCUCUAAUCGAGUGCACUUAGUGUACCAGUUUGGCUCUGUUGGACUACAAAUCGCAUACUGUAGACCAACGGAUGCUGGAGAGUAUACUGUAGUGGUGGCGAACAAACAGGGUACUGUAACUCAGAAUUGUAAAGUUGAAGUUGAAGCUAUUGACAAUGUGGUCGAUACUGUACAGCACGAGCAGAGUUGGACCAAGAUACAACAGUUAGAAGCACCAAAAGAACUAGUUGAAGAGGUUGAAGAUGAUAAGAAGUUUGGUACACCUAGCUUUGUAGUACCGUUACAAAGUGUUAAGGAUGUGGCUGAGGGUACUGUAGUCAAAUUAGAAGCCAAAGUAAAGCCGGCCAAUGAUGCGAACUUGAUGGUAGUUUGGUACCAAAAUGGAAGGUUAUUAGGUGCUAGUAAUAGAUAUAUUGUCAAGAAUGAGUUGGGAAAGGUGUCGUUGGAAAUAUUGUAUGUUAUGGAACAGGUAGGCUAGAAUUUUUGUUUUUAUUUUUAAUAGGAUUGGGUAUGGUAAAGUAGAUUAGAGUAAACUAGAGUAGUGUGGGGCAAGGUGAGGCAAAGUGAACUAGGAUGGGGAAAGAUAGGGCAAAGUAAAGUAGGGUAAGACAGGUAGGGUAGAAAAAGAUAGUGUAGCAUAGAAUAUGGUAGAGUAAAACAAGACACAGUACGGUAGGAUAGAAUAGAGUAGGAUAGAGUGAACUAGAGUAAAGUGGGGCAAGAAGAUAAGGCAAAGUAGGGUAGAGUAGGAUAGGAUAGGAUACGGUAGGGUAGGGUAGGGUAGGGUAGGGUAUAUCUUUGUGCUUUUAGGAUGCUGGAGACUACCGUUGUGUAGCCACGAACAGUGCUGGUCAAGCGUCGACUGAAGCUAAGUUAGAGUGUUCUCUGAGGCCUUCUGUCUUAUCGGACACUCAACAUCAGAAGGCAUUGGAUCGAAUUCAAGAAUUGGAGGCUCCGAAGCCAGAAAAGCCAGAAAUAGAACCAGUCUUUUUGGUUCAGCCAAGGCGAAUGAACUGCUUUAUGAAGAAGGAUUACUAG